AUGACUGAGCGCAGCUCCUCAGCCAGUCUUGAGGCUCUGGACCAUGUGGCUCAAAAUGGGCAUGUUUCAGAAGAUCCCAACCGAUCCGACGAGCUGCCGCACGCCCCGGCUACAAACGACAAGAUCGAGACCAAGCAUGCAUCGACAAAGCACGCACCGAAGUCUACCGCUAUGAGCGAUAUAUCUGAAGCAAAGGCUAGCAUGCGUCAGGCCUUUUCGCACGUCCACGGCUCCGGCCGAUCACCUUCAACCCGCUCUUCGUCCAGCUCUUUGCAGGCGCUCAACGAACACAUUGUUGUCGAUGCGUGGUCGGAACAUGGCAGCGUAGGACGCAGUCCGAGGAGAACAUCUCGACAAUUAGAGAACUCCACUUCUGAAUAUCCUGAAUAUCCCGUAUAUCCCGAUCAGUCAUACGCCUCGUUGCAAUCCCAGAUACAUCCAGUCUACAAAACAGCACAAAAACGCUCAAGCAGCUCAUUUGCCCCUAAGCCACCUGAUGCCUUGCCUCGAUUUCCCCGUGCUACUCGCACUGCAGGAAACACACCUAUUUCGAGCCCUGGACUGUUCUCCAUGACCAACCCCCGCACUACACCGCCAUCUGGGUCCGAUGAUGGUGGGAUCGGCAGUCAGUUUCUACAUCCUUCACAUCUCCAACCGCCCAAAGAAACCCAUACCGCCGAAGUGGAUAGAGACCUGGUCACAGGAAACAAGCAUAUCAACCAAUACGAGAUCCUGGAGGAACUUGGGCGAGGAGAACAUGGCAAAGUCAAGCUGGGUCGCCAUGUCACAACCAAACAGAAGGUUGCCAUCAAAAUUGUUUCAAGGUACUCCAAGCGUCGGCGACUCGGGAAGUUGGGCAACCCGGAAGAUAAAGUGAAGAAGGAGGUGGCCAUACUGAAAAAGGCGCGACAUCCCAAUGUGGUCAGUCUGCUUGAAGUUAUUGACGAUCCCAACCGUCAAAAGGUGUAUAUAGUACUGGAGUACGUGGAGAACGGCGAAAUCGUCUGGCGGAAGAAAGGUCUUCGUGAGAUCGUCCAUGUCGAUAAACUGCGACUGGAGCGAGAGAAGGAGGGGAUUCCUGACACUCCAGCUUUCUUGGAAGAGAGUCACCAAUUUAUUAAAACCGCUUUGCACCUUCGUCAACAAAGAGAAAGGGCACGGCAAAAGAUUGAAGCUCAGGCUGCUGAUGCGCGACAGGGGCCUGUUCCAGCUUGGAGUUUAGAGCAUGGAGCUGAAUCAUCAGACGAGGAAGAAGAUGAAGAAGGAUUGGAAAGGAGGAGAUCAUCUACUCGCUCCGCUGCAGUCACGGACGAAAACUCUUUUACUCCUGCUCAAGAAUUAGCCUUGGCAGCUAUUGAAGGCACCAUGUACGGGGCCUACUCAGAUUAUCCCUUUGAAAGGCGCUUCAGCACUACAUCGAGUAGCUUCGGCUACGCUCCAUCCGAGCCUGAGUGGUCCGCCGAUGCAAAUGACAUGUCUUAUGUACCUUGCUUGACCAUCGACGAAGCCCGCGUUGCAUUCAGAGAUUCUGUUCUUGGACUUGAAUACCUCCACUAUCAGGGCAUCAUUCAUCGCGAUAUUAAGCCUGCCAACCUUCUGGUCACUGGCAGCCAUCGGGUCAAGAUCUCCGAUUUUGGCGUUUCUUACCUGGGACGACCAAUGCGCGACGAGGACGAAGAGGAGGAGGAGGAGCAAAUCAAUGAGACCGGCAAAGCAGCUCUAGAGCUGGAUGAUGCCCGCGAGCUCUCCAAGACUGUCGGUACUCCUGCUUUUUAUGCUCCGGAGCUCUGCUAUACUGGAGAUGACUUCGAGGAAACUAUCGGCUCCGUUCCCAAGAUUACUGGCGCAAUCGACGUUUGGUCCUUGGGCGUAACGUUAUACGGCAUGGUGUUUGGCCGCCUUCCUUUCUUGUCGGACGAUGAAUAUAGCAUGUUCCAGACCAUUGUGAAGAAGGAAGUCUUUAUCCCACGUACCCGCUUGGUUCCUGUCAAGGAUGACUCGUUGGACACCGUGCAAGAAAAUUGCCGCGAGAGCUAUGAACUUUUGUACGAGAAUAUUGAUGUUGAAUUAUACGACCUGCUCCGCCGUCUAUUGACGAAGGACCCGGUGAAACGAAUCACUUUGAAGGAGAUUAAGCAUCACCCCUGGACUCUACAUGGUCUACCAAACCCCCGCGCCUGGGUUGAGGAGACUGACCCCGGCUAUCAAAGCAAGGGCAAAAGAAUUGAGGUCUCCAAAGAGGAAGUGACGAGUGCUGUCAGCAAAGUCCCAUUCAUUCAACGCGUCCGAUCAAACGUAGCCAAAUGGUUUGGUGGUCGGUCCCAUCAUCACAAGGAGAAAGAGCCUCACAAACGUAACUCAAACUCAAACUCCACGGAUACCUUGUCUUCAAUUUCAUCAGCUAGCACGUUCGGCAAGGGCGGUCAUAGUAGUCGUCGAUCCAGUCUUAGAGGAGAUGAGGAGAUGCCACGGCCGUCCAAACUGAAUGUCCCAGGAGAACAUCCACUGGCCCAGAGCGUCACCGCGAGUCCAGUGGAGGGGGGCUCAUGGGUGUCCUAUUUCGAGUCAGCAUCAAUGUUCGAAGGCAAGGUUCCCGCUGCCCAUGCAUCAAUGGUGUCGGCACAAAGGGUGUCGGCGCAAAGACCUGGUCCUCCCCAGCGAUCAAAGUCCUCCAUGUCUACUACGGAAUCCACCAAAUCCACCAAAACCGUCAAGAGGUCCAGUUUCGACGGGCGAAGGGGCACUUCGUCCAUCAUUGAGGCUUUGGGAACCGCAAACCUAGGCAAUAUAUUUAGCGGUGCGACUCGGCGCGCAUCAUCCCGCAUUGGAAGCCUCAGCCGGCGAUCUUCUCCAACUGGAGAGCGUAUAUCUGUGGAUGGAGACAGACAUGCCGAGCCCAGUCUCGCUCUGAGUAUUGCGUCGGCAGUUGGUGACAUGCAAAACACGGGCUUGUGGCAUGCUGAACCUCCCGCGUCGCAAAGCCCCACAACGGCCUCUCUUCAUCGUCGCAACCGGUCUCAACAGCUGACAUGCAAGUCUUCGAGGGAAUCUUUUCAUCUCACCAAGGAAGCAUUGCUGCGGCGUAGGAAAAGUGACAUAGCGCACAGUCCAGAAGAUACUUUGGCUCCGAGGUUAGCUCUCGAAAGUGCUAUGUACUCGACCGACUCCCUUCGCUUGCCAUUCAUGUCGUCUCAACCAGACCCAGGAUAUAUUGCCGAGCCCGCUAGCAGCUGCCUGUCUGUUCAAGACCCAUCCGUCACCAUUUGUUCCUCCUCGGCUGAUGAUUUUACCAGCGGCAUGUCGCAGAGUGCCUCCCACCCCAGCAUCCCGUCUGUAGUGUCUGGUGCGUCCUCUCUUUCUGGUGACACGCCAUAUGUUCAGAGCAAAGAUUCAAAUGGGGCCGAAGUACCCUCUUUGCUCCGUACAUGCGAAACUGUCAAAGCCAACAACGAUUGCUCUCCAAGACCUUCAGAAGAGGACGAAUCAAGGUACUACUGCGAUGACGAGGAUGAUGAUGAUGAUUCCGAAGAGGAAGUACUCGUGAUCGGAAAGAAGAAGACAUCUCCGAAAAUCCCUCUCAAGCCAUCGACUUGA